CAAAUAGAAACACCCACUCCUCAAAAAGGGAAAUUCCUUUUAUACAAAUCCUAAACAAGGAAAGUGGGAUCAGAGUGUGCAAAUUUAUAUUUUAUUAUAAUAUCAUGAUUCCAUUCACACUUGCCGGCUUAAGGGUCAUCUUAAUACCCACAAAUUUGGAAUCCACCGUUCAAAUGAGAUUUUAUGGUAUUGGUUAGUACGUAUUAUAUGCCUUCGUACUUAUCCAAAGUUCAAUUUAGCGAUCAAAAACUAUAUUCUGAGAUGAAAAAUUCUAAUGAAAGUUUAAAGAAUAACAGUCAAUGUAAGAGUGUGCUAAAAUAAGAAGCUUAUUACAUUCUGCUUUAUUCCUGUAAAUUCUUAUGCCGGAGUACUGACUAGUUGCACGACACCAACCAUCAAAUCUAACAUUAAAAUCCAUCAAUGUAACUUGACUCUUAAGAUAUAUGACUAAUUAGCUUCAAAGUUCAUGGCCACUAACUUUAUACAUACAUUGACUAUAGUAGAUAUAUGGACAAGUUUGUUGCUACAGUUGGUUGAUAACGCACUAAAAAAAGAACAUGCUUAUGGAUUUUCCCCACACAUAAAAUGGUUUUGUUUUGAUGUUCUAUUUUUGGUGAGUACCCGAGCCAUAUUCUCUAUAUAAAAGAGCAUCCAGUUCUCAGGCUUUCCAAGCAAAGAUUUGGUGUCAAUAUAUAGUUAUUUCCCUGGUUUCUAAGCUGUCAAAACUAGACUGAAAAAUGGUGCCCGUGGUAGUUUUCUUGUUUAUUUUAGUAACCCAAGUGUCAGCCUCCCGUGUUUGUCCCAAAUGUGGUAAGAUGAAAGUUCCAUAUCCACUCAGAACUGAUGAAAACUGUGGAGAUCCCAGGUACAAAAUCUACUGCAACAAUGGUGUCCUCGAGUUCAUGUCAGCUUCAGGGUUUUACUAUAAGAUUCUCAGCAUUAAUCGUCGGGCUAAUAAGCUUGUUAUAAGCCCACCCCUGAUAAAGGAAAACGCUUGUUACUCUUCUGAUCUCGGUCUAGGAGGUUUGCGGCUCGAUGAGAACUUACCCUUCAACAUAUCUACUCGUAACACUGUCAUGUUAUUUAACUGCUCUAAUAACAUUCUUUUAUCCCCAUUGAAUUGUUCUUCGAGCAGCUUCUGUAGGCAGUUUGAGGAUGUGGGGGAGGGAUAUGGCUGCAAAGGAACACUUUGUUGCCAUUUCUUGAAAGAUGCAUCCAUGAACUCAUAUAGGAUCAGGAUCAGGCUUGGAGGGUGCACUGCUUAUACUUCUGUGGUUGAUAAGCAGCCUAAUGAUCCCAUUAAACUCUGGAACUUCGGCAUUGAGCUGCAAUGGUUCUGAAUAUUUUAAGUUAGUUUCUUUGACAAGCCACGUCACUCUAGUCUCUCGAAUAUUUUCUGUCAUCUUUCUAUCAUAUGCAUCUGCUUAAUUCUGCUUGUUAUGCUGUGCCUUUGUUUGCUUAGUCUUCAUUGUUAUAUCAGUGAAUAAAUUUUCAUGUUAGGAAAAUAAAUGAAGUGCAUCAGUGUUUAACUUCUAACUUUAAGCCACUAAGCCAGUGCUAGGAAACCUGAAGUUGCCUAGGAACUGGGCUUUUCCCAGGCCCAGGGUUGAUGUUGGCCUUAAAACCGAUUGUGAAAGCAAACUGGAUCUUUUAGGCAUAUGAAGCUCACUUUAGCUGGCUGUUAAGGCCUAACCUUGAUGGCCCAAAAGAUUGCAGAUCAGCUUCGUUGUUUCUCCCAUCAACUUUAGUGGCCCAUUCUCCCUUAUCUAUCUUCGCAUGGAUGCUACCAUGAAAAAUUUUGUUCCUUCGGGCUGAUCUUUCCUUCAUUAUUAUUAUUUUGAACUCCAUGAACACUCCAGUGGAUUAAACCUUCUUUACAACAUCUCCUAGCUAUUUGGCACUUAAUCCAAACUAUCCCUAGUCGGGAAGUAUAUGAUCUCAAAAUCUUGGAAAGAUGUGGAUCA